AUUCCCAGAGAAAAUCAAUAAGCUCAGAAGAAACCAGAAAAAGCAAAGAAACUAAAAGUCUAAAACCUACUAUUUCACAAAAAGUCAAGUGUUUUUAAUUCGAUUUCGUAAUGGGUUCUUCUGCUUCAAAGACCGCUUCUUCUGUUUCUUCUACUUCUUCCUCAUCUGCGUUUUCUCCACCGCCGACCAAAUUUGGCUCCGAUUCAUCAUCUUCACCGGCGGUGCAGAGAGCUUUUUCGUUUCCGACGCCGUUGGUUCACCAUCCUCCGGCGAGAAAAGGCGAUACUCAUCACCUUGUUUCCCUUACAUCUACAUCGUACGGUUCUCUUCUCCUCCUCGAUCUCGAUGGAUCCAAAAACUCCUCCGACCAACAAACGCUGCCUCGUAUCUCCAUCUCCGGGAAGAACACACCAGAUCCGGUCUCUCCUGAUUCAGUCAUAAACACUUGGGAGCUUAUGGAUGGCUUAGACGACGAAUUCGAAUUCGAAAUUCCCAAACCUGGUAAGCGUCUAAAUUCGGAUUUUUGCUCUAAACCCGACCCGAAUCGGAAUGUGAGUUUAAAUGGGUCUGCGUUGAAAUUGGAUGAAUCUUACGAGAUUGUGAGAAUCGAAGAAGACGAUGGAGAUUGGGUUCCUUUGACUUAUAAACCUAAGCAACCUUUGUGGAAGCAUUUGUCUGAAGAAUCAUUUCUCUCUGAUUUAGAUCCCAGCAUUGUCUCAUCUUACAAGAAAGCUUUGUCUUCCAAGCAAUUAAGCAAUCAUAGUAACACUAGAAACCCUCUUAGACCCACAAAAUCCCUCUCUUGUAGCCCAUCAUCCAUCUUAAUCAGUGAAGAACCAAAAUCUGUAUCCUCUAGUCAACUGAUUUCAUCACAGGCCAAACCGAGAUUACCAGGGACAGAAGACAAGAUUGUACUCUACUUCACAAGCCUCCGAGGAAUUCGAAAGACAUACGAGGAUUGCUGUUGCGUUAGAGCGAUAUUGAGAGGGCUUCAAGUCACGGUAGACGAACGUGACAUCUCUAUGGAUUCUAAAUACAGAAAAGAGCUUCAAAGCGUGCUUGUUGCCGCAGAGAAACCAGUUUGUUUGCCUCAGGUGUUUAUCAGAGGAACUCACAUUGGUGGCGUAGAGGAGAUUAUGCAGCUAAACGAUGGUGGUGAAUUAGCAGAGAUGUUGAAAGAUUUCCCUGCUUGUGAACGCUUGGGGACAUGCCGGAGCUGUGGGGACGCAAGGUUUGUGCCUUGUACUAACUGCGACGGAAGCACCAAAGUGUUUGAAGAACAAGACGAACGGUUCAAGCGAUGUCCUAAAUGCAAUGAGAAUGGAUUGGUGCGUUGUCGCGUGUGUUGUCUCUAAGUGAUCUGUUUGAUCAAAAGCUGUGUGGGUGAAAGGGGAUAUAGAUUGAUUAAUGAUGUGAAAUUAUGAAGAAAAGAAGAGAAAAGAGUUGAUGAUUCUUGACUAAACCUGGUAUUUGGUUAGUAAUGUAUAUUGAAAUAAGUAAGUUGGCUCAAGCCUUUUAUUAUUACUCUCUUAUGAGUUGUGUUCUUUUGUUCCAUUUAUGUUCUUGCUCCUUGACCCUUUUAACAUUUUAAACUAAAUGAUUCUUACUAUA